AUGGCACCACGUUCGUUAAGAGAUUCUUUAUUCUUGGCCGCCACCUUUGGUGUUGCAAGUGCAAGCAUCAAAUUAGAAGGUCGUUAUCCUCAGCAUCGGGAUCUUAUACCCCGUCAGGCAAACUGUCCACUUCCGGUGACAAUCACUGUCACUGUCCCUCCAAGUUAUUGUCCAACGGUGCCACCUUCUAGUAGCGCGACAUCUUCGGCUGUUGCUACAUCAAGUGUGGGAUCUGAAUCGAUAACAAGUACCGCGCCAAUUUUCUCCAGCCAAUCGACUUCGAUUCCGGCUUGUGCUGCCAACUUUUUCGAGCUCGGUGUUCUCAUCAUCGGUACUCCCGUCAUCGGUAGUCUCAUCAUCAGCACUCCCAUCAUCGGUACUUUCAACUUUCAGCAUUUCGGAAUCGCAAGUAUCCUCGCUCCAGCAUCCUCCUCGGCGGCCGUGGGAACAUCAACACCGGCCUCUAGUACCUUUUCCGAGCAAUCCAGUUUUUCAAGCGUAGCUACCUCUUCUGGUUCUUUGGUCCCAUCAUCAUCGGCAGUGCCAACGGAAUCAGUUACUCUCAGCAGUAGUGUACCUUCAAUUUCCAGUAGUCAAUCCGCAAUUUCUUCUGCUGGAAGUUCAAUUGCAUCUGAGACAUCUUCCUUCUCAGGAAGCAGUGCCUCACUUUCUACCUCGGUAUCCGCAGCACCUAGCUCAGUUUCUGAAGUCAGCAGUACGGAAAGUCUCUCAUCGGCGGCUUCCACAUCGAUUUUCAGCUCAGAAUUCGGAACUUCGACAUCCAUUCCAGCCGCAAGUAGCAGUUUCUCUUCGGAGACAGUGGUUUCUAGCUCGGCCAUUGUUUCAUCAAGUUUUGCUAUCGAAACGAGUGUCUCAAGUUUAUCUUCCGGAGCUGUCAGUUCUGUUCUUUCAACCUCCUCUUUGAUUCCACCGGUAUCAUCAUCGGCUGUUUCUGAGGCGUCAUCAACUUCGAUUCCCAUCACCAGUAGCAUCUUCUCUUCCGAGCCAGUAAUUUCAAGCUCGGCCGUUCUUUCAUCAAGCUCUGCUGUUGAGACGAGUGCCUCGAGCUUUUCCUCUGGAGCUUCGAGUUCUGUUGUUCUGAGUUCUUUGAUUCCAUCGGUAUCAUCCUCGGUCGUCUCUGAGGCAUCGUCAACUUUCGCUAGUUCUACUGUCUCCGAAUCAGCAUCUGCAUCGGCGUCAGCAUCAGCAACCGCCUCCGGUAGCUCAAUUGUCCCUGAGUCUUCAUUCGCAUCUUCGACAUUUGCUUCAAGCUCCGAAAGUGGUCUUCCAUCAAGCUUAAGUUAUAUCGUCAUCAGUUCCACGAUUCCAGUAUCGUCAUCCUCAACCCCAGGAUCUAUAUCAUCUACUGAAUCUGGUUCACAAUCAACAGUAACUUUGAGUUCCCUUCCUGUCCAAUCUUCUGCUUUUAGCUCGGAAUCCACACCUGCACCCAGCAGUUCGUUAAGUUCGUUCGGACCAACUUCCACUCCUGCUGUAUCCUCUAUUGUCGUUUCAUCAUCUGCUGCAAUAACCUCAAGUGCUAUUUUGUCAAGUGCUAUUUUGUCAAGUGCUAUUUUGUCUAGCUCUGCUGCGGAAAGCUCAAGUGCUACCACCACAGGAUCAUCAAUCCCUGGACCAACACAAGUUCCAAUCAUCGAUAUUCCAAUUGGCGAAUAUGCGGAAUUCGGUUGCUUCUUAGAUUCCACCUACAAUGGUUUCCCAUUGACCCCACCUCCUACACCAAUUGGUGGCAGCACUGAUCCAUCAGUAAUUGAUUCACCCGAGAGCUGUGGAUUAUUUUGUUCCACCGCCAACGAUGGUGACGCAUUCGACUUCAUGGGUAUCGAGCCAGGCCACUGCUAUUGUUCCAAUGGAUAUAAUUUCGGUCAAGCGGAGGGUAUUUGUAACUUCCCAUGUCCAGCUAAUCCAUCUCAAUCAUGUGGAGGACUUUCACCAGUCAGGAGAUUUUCACGUCGUGCCGGUCCCCCGUCAAUCGUCACUUAUCAACUCCGCCGUCGCAUCAUAUCUUCUUCUGCUAUCAGUUCAUCGCCAGCUACUUCGUCUUUGGCCCAAUCUUCUGGUAGUAUUGUAUCAUACUCUGCUGCUUCUGCUACUCAAUCUGCGUCGGCAAGCUCUACGGAAUCAGUCACUUCAAGUGCUGUACUUUCAUCCAGUGAAGCUGCUAGUUCUUCCUCAAUUGCUGCAACUUCCUCGAUUGUCGUGACUUCCUCGAACAUCCCAUCCAGCUCCUCAGUGCCAACCUCAUCUGUCAUUUCAUCGGCCGAACCAUCUAGCAUAAGCAGUAGCAGUGUUGUAUCAUCAGCUGAAUCUACCUUGAGUCCAAGUAGCUCCCAAGGCCCAAGUUCUGUUCUACCUACCAGCUCGGCGUUCUCUUCUGCUCAACCAGCUUCCUCUGGUGUUAUUUCGAGCUCUCAACCGGCUUCGAGUAGUGUUGAGCCAUCGAGCAGUCAAGUCAGCAAUCUUCCAUCGAGUUCCGUUGAGCCAUCAUCUGUUGCUUCAUCUGUGGUCCAAGAGUCCAGUACUAUAUCCAGCAUUGCUCAACCAAGCAGUUCAUCAGCCUUGACGUCCAGUGAACCUCCAAUCUCAUCUUCAGCCGCUUCCACGACACCACAACUCCCAAGCAGUACUCCAUUCUCAUCCUCAGCUGCUUCUUCUAUCCUUCCAAGCUCAUCAGCAGCACCCUCAUCAUUCUCUACCCUUACGUCAUCAAGUUCACCUUCGAGCACCACAUCCACGUGCCCAGCAGCAACAAUCACAAACGAAGGUUUUGAAUCCGGAGCCUUGGCACCCUGGGCCCCACGAAGCGAUGGUAUCGCCAACGCUAAGAGUAACGUCGUGAUCAACAAUCCAGCCGUUGCGCACUCGGGUAACUCUUACCUCCAAAUAACCAUGACCCAAGACUUUCUCUCCCUAAUCCAACAAACCACCACCAUCUGUCCCACCACCAAAUCCCUCACCCUAACCGCCUGGGGCCAAGCCGCCAAAUCCCACGAUUGCUGGCUCCAAAUCUGCGUUAACAAAGAUACAUACUGUUCAGUUCCCACUCCAUUAAAGAAAGGCAAAUGGAAGAAAAACACCCUAGUAUACAAGCCACGCAAAAAUCUCAUCGGAAAAACCGACGCCAAGGUGCAGAUUUAUACAGAGUGUAGAGGAGAAAGUGACGGAAUGUUAUUGAUAGAUGAUGUGGUAAUUACUCGAUCGAAAUUGUCGUCUCGAGAGGUCGUGCCGCAAUUGGCGCCUAGAAUGGGAACGUUGAGGAUGAUUGGUGCUUAG